AUGGGAAUUGGAAUAGAUAUUCUCAAGGUAUCUAGGAUACGGAUGCUUCUUGAAAAAUCAAAGUUUACCGAGUCACGAUUUUUAGAGAAAUGUCUUCAUCCAAAAGAGAUUCAACAGUAUCGUCUGUUGCAAGGAUCACAAAUCACCCAGGCUCAACGAGCUAAAUGGCUAGGCGUUCGUUGGUCCGUAAAGGAAGCUACAUUUAAGGCUUUACAACCUUCGUACUACAUUUACAUGCCAUUUAUGGAGUAUGCACACAAUAAACAAGGAAUGCCUGUGAUCAACAUUCAUAAGCCGAACGUGUCUAUUACUCCUGUAUCUGUCUCUGUUAGUCAUGAUGGUGAUUACGUUGUAGCAAAUGCCCUCUAUCUUCCAUAG